UAAAUGUAUUUGUAUUAUAAAUACGACGAAUCAAAAUUCAAAGGCAGAAGAUAACAAUUCAUAGACUUAAUUCAUAUAUUAAGUUGGUUGUUUUGUUAUAUUUUUUUCGAUUGUUAUACUACGAACGUAAAAAACAACGAGAAAAACUAACUUAGUGCUAGAUUAUUUGAUUGUGUGUAACAUUAAAUCUUUGUCGUCCAUCGAUCAUUGUGACUGAGAGACGACAAAGUAAAAAAAAAUAGAAAGGGAAAAAACGUUUUUGUGAAGAAACAAAAAUCAAAUUACACAGAAAACGGCAUAAAGGAUAAUUUUCAAAAUUUUUUUAAACGUGAAUGUAAACAUGGAUUCAUCCAAUAAUACAGACACAGGUGACACAGGUUCAAUUAAUGCAAAUUCAACAGUUGCGCAUAAUCCACCGCGAAUUUCAAUGAUUAGUACGGCUGUGUCAUUUUUACAAAAUCCAAAUGUUUCGCGAAGCUCGCUAAUGCAAAAGGAGAAAUUCUUACGCUCGAAAGGUUUGAGCGAUGAAGAGAUUCAAUUGGCAUUUCAACAGGCUGGCAUUUUUACCAAAGAUCCAAAUAGUACCAUUAUUAAUAUGGAAAUUGGUCAUCAUCGUUCACCACCGCAACCACCAACAACAACACUAGCACCAUUGUAUCGUUCACCAGAGACAGCACUUCAGAAAUUUUACAAUGUAAUUAGCUCGACUGCCAUGGUUACGGGCAUUGUUUAUGCCAUUUAUUAUGUGUACAAGAAUUUUAUUGCGCCAUUUCUGUUUGGUAAAAAGAAAGAUGAAAAAUCAACCGAUGAUUUAAUAAACGAAUUAGAUAAAAAAAUUGAUAAAAACAUUCGUAAGCUUAACGUUGAUGUGACCGCAUUGAAAGAUGAAAUUCGAUCAUCGUACAACGGCGAUCAUGUGCUACGACAAGAUAUGCUCUCAUUCAAAAAUGAUUUGGAUGCAAUCAAAGGCUUACUAUUGAAUAGAAAACAAUUCGCAAGUCCGGUUGUGCCACCAUCAAUCCCAGCAUGGCAACUACAAUCGCAACGAACAAUUGGCGUCGGUGAGACCAGCCAACACACUGAUAGCGAUAAGAAUGAUGACAAUGGUUCGGCCGAUGGAUCGGGUGACAAUGGAUCGGCUGGAUCAAGUGAAACCGAAGUGGUUACCAAACAUAGCGACAGCAGUCUUGAAUUAUUAUCUUAAAUGAAGCUAUUGCAGCUCAUCAUUCCAAUUAUAGUGGCUGUUCUGUUAAACAGAUAAAUAGAAAAUCUCAACGCAUUUUUGAAUAAAUAAAAAUGAUCUAAUUGUUUUUUUCACAAAUUCUCAAGAUUAAUAAUCAGAAAACCUUAAUCCCGUGAAAA